AUGUCAUGUUCAAAAUUAUUUUCGGGAGAUUUACCCGAAUUAACUUAUGAAGUUAUAAAAUAUUUACAAAAUGAUCAUUCAACUUUACAUUCAUGUAUUUUAGUUAAUAGAUUAUGGUGUCGUUUAACGAUUCCAUUAUUAUGGGAAAAUCCAUUUUCUAUUUCUACAAGAAACUGUAAUUUUAUUAUUGAUAUUUACUUACAUAAUUCUAAAACAGAAUUAAAUGAAUAUAAAAUUAUUAAUAAUUUAUUACCUUCAAAUACUUUAUUCAAUUAUCUUAAUUUUUUAAAAUAUUUGAAUACAUAUAAAUUUAUUACUUUUGUUAAGAAAUGGAAAAUGUCAACCUUCAAAAAUAAACUUUUAAAAAGUUCAAUAAUUGAAAUAUGUUUAUUACUAAUUAAAAUAUUUAUUGAAAAUGAAGUAAAUUUACAUACAUUUGAAAUAGAGAUUCCACGUAUUAUUAAAGAUUCUAGAUAUCUUGAUCAUGAUAUUCUUGAGUUAAUUUUACAAAAUCCAAAUUUCAUUUAUAAUAUUAGAAAUUUAAAAUUUUAUAGUAUAUUUUAUGAUGUUACAAUCCAAAAUCGGGUAUCACAAAUAAUUAAAUCACAUCAAAAUCUAAAAAAAAUUUUACUUGGUUAUGAUUUACCUUUAUAUCAAUCAUUAUUAUUAUCAAAAGAUUAUAAUUUUUCAAAUACUUUAAAUACAAUCAUUUUCUAUUACGUCGAUCUUAAAGUAAUAAUAAAUAAAGAUAAAGUAUUUGAACAAUUUAAUGUUUUAGAAUUUGUUCAUAUUGUUUAUUGUUCUUCUUUAAAUAAUAGUUUUAUUCAACAAAUUAUUACUUUAACUAAACCAUUUAAAUUAAGAUCUUUAUUUAUAAACGAGAUAUUACAAAUCGAAUCAUUACGAUUAUUAUUACAAAAAUGUGGUGGUUAUUUAGAAAAUUUUGGGUUUGGAUUUGAAUUUGAUUUUAGUCUAUUAUUAAAACAACAGUUAUUAGAAUUAAUUACAAAAUAUUGUAAGAAUAUCAAAUUCCUUGAUUUGUAUAGAAUUGAUAAUCCGAUUAUUUAUCCAAUAAUCAAUUUAAUUGAAAAUAUUAAACAAAAACUUAAUCAUCUUACAAUUCGUAUAUCGGAUGAUACUUAUUAUUCUUCAAAUGGUAAUAUUGGAUAUGGUUCAAAUAUAUUGCAAAAUUUAGGACAAGUUCUACCUUCUAAAUUAGAAUACUUAAGUUUGACUCUUUCUAUUAAAGAAAAUGAUUUUAGAACAUUCUUAGAAAAUUCUCAAGAUAUUCUUAUUAAUAAAUUGUUAAUUAAGCAAAGAGGUAGUUACGAUAUUUUACAUGAUAUAAAGGAAUAUAUUAUGGAGAAAAAAAGAGUCAAGUAUUUGUCUAUUAGGUACUAUUUUAGAGAUCAAAUAGAUUUGUAUGAUUUGAAAGAUGAAGUGGAGGAAUUUAAACUAUAUAAUGUUAGAGUUCGAAGUUGGCAUGAAUUAUCUUUUGCUGGUGAUAUUUAUAAUUUAUUAAAGAAAGUUGAUUAA